CUCAAGUAUAACUAUGAUAGUCCUCCGAAUGCCCAGUGUCUAUAGUGUUAAAGAGCGGUAGGAGAGCGCAGUGGUCGAACGCAGUGGCUCAAUGCAGUGGAUCAAACAGAGUCACGAGAUCUCAAGCACCCUUCACCUUCUUACCUAACGUAGAACAUGACCAGGGCAGAGUUUAUCUAGUAAACCUAUUGCUGAGACUGGGGUGGAGGCUGAUAAGAUUAACACACUUUCUUGCACUUUCGAUUUCGUUGCUCCAUGUCAAGCAAGUUUGUUUCGCAUCUAUACAAACCUCCACCAUCCGAUCAGCCACCUCACAACACUACUUUCUCCUCCAUAAGCAUUCUCGUCCCCUUCUAAAACAAUGACCAAGCCUCUUCCCCACCUAAGCAACGUCCUACAUGUGAUCCUAGACUGGGACGGCACCCUCACCAAAAACGACACCCUCAACUCCCUUGUCGAGAUAGCCAAAAACGCAAAGCCUGACACCUUCAUCCCCACAACAUGGAAUCUCAUUUGCCGUGCCUAUCUAACCGACUACGAAAAAGCACUCCAAGAACACGCAACCUUGCCUUCCAAUGUAUUCGAGGAGCGUAAACUGCUGAAGAAAAUCGAGGCUGUAGAGCAGGCUAGUAUAAACCGGCUUAACGAUUCCGGUAUCUUCAAGGAUAUUACAGCAGAACAGCUUGCGGUUGGGGCACAGAGAGCUUUCGAGAGUCGGACGGUGGAGCUAAGAGAAGGAGCUAAUGAAUUCUUCCGCUAUAUUAAAGAACGAAUGGACCGACAGAAGGAUGAUAUUGAUAUCGUUAGUAUUCUUAGCGUCAAUUGGAGCCAGCGUUUCAUCGCCGGCUGUUUACAAGCCGCAUCCUCUGCUCUCGAACCGCAAACGCCAACUCGGGAGAGUAUGCUUGAGGACGAGAUAGACCGGAGAUAUGGGCUCACGCGUAACUCGGAGCUGCAAAAUAUUUUAACAAACAAAGCUCCUAAGUAUAUGGCCGAAAGCUCUGCGCCGGAUUUCGUCAGAAUUUACGCGAACGAGCUACAGGGGAUCGAAGACGGUCUUCCAUCCACCGGCUUCAUCGCUUCCGAAGGAGAUCAUAAAAUCAUCUGCAGCCACGAUAAAGUGACGUAUCUCCACCGUCUUCAAAAAAUGAGUCCGUGCACGAUGAAGCCGAUUCCGAUCGUUUACGUUGGAGACAGCUGGACGGAUUUUGAAUGUUUGCUUGCAGCUGACUUAGGCAUCUGCAUUAGAGAUGAUCCAAUGACGUCUUCGCAGAGGAGGCUUGAAGAUUCACUCCAGCGGUUGGGAAUAGCUUGCCCAUAUCUGAAAGAAUACAAAGAGAUCGAUGAAUGGGGAAUUGUCUGGGCUCAUGACUUCUUCGAAAUUAAGGAAUGGGUGGAAAUUAUCGAAUCUAAGGCUGUGGCAAUGGCUAGUUCGACGGAGAAAUAAGGUAACUUGUGUACGUAGUUGACGUCACUGAGUUAGUCUACCGUCCAAUGGCGUCCACGAAAAGACUCCAGAUUAGACGGGGUUGAAUCGCUCAAUCUUCU